AUGGCUUUGGCAAUGGUGCCUGUGCUAAAUGGCACGUCAAAUCUAGUACUCAAAGCUUUGCAAAAUGAAGCCCAGUUUGCACUUGACUUUAAAGCUCAGUUGGAGGAAAUGAAGACAAAGCUUGAUCCUAUGAAGGCCUUCCUGUCAACUUACAACCUCAGGAAUCAUGGAGAUUUUCUCCGGCCGGUGCUGUGUAAUAUGAGAAACCUAAUUUAUGAAGCUGAUGACAUACUUACAGAUUGCCAACUUAGAGAUGAAUAUCGGAAACAUGGAUCAUCAGCCUUCAGCAGGAAUUUCUCGCCUCGUGGAUUGAAAUUUAUGUAUGAAACAGGCAAGAAACUGAAAAAUAUUAACGAGCGGAUUAAGAAAAUGGAGGCUAAUUUACAGACAUAUUUGGUAGCAGAAGCCAAACUCGAUUAUAAAGCAGACAAUCAAGGAAAAAGAAAUAUCUCGCAGGAAUAUUAUGACCCAUCUGAGAUAAUUGGGUUGGAGAAUGAUAUUGAGAAGAUAAAAGGAUGGAUGCUUAGCAGUAAUGAGGAACUUCGCCAUGUUGGCAUUGUGGGGAUGGGGGGUUUGGGCAAAACUACCAUUGCCCGGAAAUUAUUCAAUGAUAAAGACGUAAUUCAUCACUUUCAUAAGACGAUUUGGGUGACUGUGACUAAAAAUUUCACUGAACAACGUAUUAUGAGGGGGAUGUUGGAACAGUUAGGAAUGAAAUGCUCUGGAUUUGAGAAACGCGAACUGUUGCCCCAAAUUAAAAAAAUGCUUAGCGAUAACAAAUGUCUUAUUGUCAUGGAUGAUGUCUGGAAAGUGGAUUUAGAUUUGUGGGGCAGGUUAUGCUGUCAAAGCAGUAUCUUCAUCAUCACAUCUAGGAGGGAAGAUGUUAUAAAGAGAAUGGGAGUCGAGGACUCAAGGAUCCAUCAACCCAGACCUUUAAACAAAGAGGAAAGUUGGUCAUUACUUUGCAAGUAUGCAUUUUCCAGAAGCAGGGGACGAUGCUACGAUGAAGGGUUAGAAAAGGAAGGAAGAGAAAUCUUGGAGAAAUGUGGGGGACUUCCGCUAGCAAUCAAGACAAUUGGAGCUUUACUUGCCCCAAAAGCUGAUUCCCCAAGACAGUGGAAAGAGAUUUGUCAAGAUUUUCACCAAUUGGCAACCAAAGGAGACGACACUGCUUCGGUGACAUCUUCUCUUAAACUGAGCUACGAUGAACUCCCUGCUCAUCUAAAGUCAUGUCUAUUGUGUUUCUCCAUUUUCCCUGAAGACAUUACAAUACAUGCUGAACAAAUAGUACUUUGGUGGGUGGGAGAGGGUCUCAUUCUGGGUGAUGAGAGAAAGACAGCUAUUGAAUUGGGAUAUGAAUAUCUUUCACAACUAGCCAGUAGAUGCCUAAUUGAGGUUGAGAAUCGACGAGCCUAUGAUGGGAUGAUCUAUAGUUGCAAGAUGCACGAUCUGGUUCGAGAUAUGACCAUUGACAUCGCGAAGGAUGAGGCGUUUGGCAGCUUUGAUGAGCAAUGCAACCAGAAAUUUACUGAGGAUUCAAGAUGGUUGGGUUUCACCAGUGACAUGGAUCCAAAAUCAUUGAAAAAUAGUUCAAAGUUGAGGGCAUUGUUACUGAUGUCAAGCCACUCUGCUUCCCCUGAUACGAGUUCGGAUUCUGUUUCCUUUGAUAGGACUUUGAAGUUGCUUAGGUCGCUACGGGUGCUAGAUUUCUCCCAUCUACAUACAAGAAGUCCGCUUGAAGAUCUCUUUAAAUGGAUCUGUUCACUUAAACGCCUAACAUAUCUCAACUUAAGUGGAGUUGUAGACCUAAAAGAAGUGCCGUGCUUAAUAGGAAAGCUUCGCAAUCUCCGAACUUUGGUUUUGAGCGAAUGCAAUAAUUUAGCCAAACUAGAUCCAGCAACUACUAAUUUGAAGAAGCUGAUUCUCCUGGAUGUAGGAUUUUGUUGUCGUCUGCAAUACCUACCUUUUGGACUAGAGAAGCUAGUAAAUCUGCAGGAACUUUCUGGAUUUCAGAUAGUGAAUCAGACCAACAGACAAAGCUGUCGACUUCUUGAGCUCCAGAGCCUAAAGCAAUUAAGAGUUCUACGAAUGAAUAUAAAUGAUAAGAGUGAAAUCUCGGAAUAUGAAUGCAAUGUCUUGUCAAAGCUUGAGAAACUUAAGGUUUUAGUUAUUAAUGCAGAUAAUUGUAAAGAUAAGAGCGUUUUUGAGAAUCUCGAUCGACUUUCCCCUCCUCCAAGUCUUAAGGAGCUUUAUCUUAAGCGCUACCGACAUGAAACUCUACCAAAAUGGAUCAAUCCUAAGCAGCUUUCAAGUUUGCUAUAUCUCUGUCUUGAACAUGUAGACGCUGUCCAGAUCCAGAUGAGUACUACAAGUGAAUCUGAGGGUAUCAGCACCUCCAAAUGGAAGCUUGAAGGUCUACGUUUAAAGUACAUGGCAUAUUUACAACUGGACUUGAAGAGCUUAGAGCAGGAUUUGCCUUUCCUAAAUUAUGUUGAGGUCAGUUGCUGUUACAAUCUGAACAACUUACCCGAAUCUGACAAAUUACUACCUAUAAUUUGGAGGAAGAAUCAAGGUCGAUUAGUGAGAACUCAGUGA